GUGGACGAGUCGGAUUUCUUUGAACUGGCUUGGGCCUACUUGGUCAAAGUCAACAGCCAGAACGUGCGACACGUGGAGGUGUUCUUCGAUCCCCAGCCGCACAUGCAGCGAAAUGUGCCCUUCGAGACGUUCAUACAAGGCUUCACCAAGGCGCUGAAGAAGGCUGAGACUGAUUUCGGCCUGACGAGUAAGCUGAUCAUGUGCUUCGUGCGCCACCUUCCGGUCGAGGACAUGGAGAAAGCUCUGGAGGCCUCUUUGCCUUACAAGCACCUCAUCGUCGGUGUAGGCCUGGAUUCUACGGAGAAGGGGAAUCACCCAGAGAAGUACAAGGAGCUUUUCGAGAAGGCCCGCGGACAUGGCUACGAAUGCGUUGCCCACGCGGGGGAGGAAG